AAAAUGUUAUACGGGAAAUGGAUAGUUUGCACCUAGAAACUGUAUUUAAGCAUGCAGCUAUUGCUUCGCUCACAUGCAAAGGACGCACAUUGGGCCCCGAUCGGGAACCAUUUUGGGUGGAAGGGCAGAAGGAAAGUCUGGACGAAGGCAUUGUAAAUGCCGAGGAAACUGUUGUAGAGAAAACGAUUGUUUCUCCUAGCAUCAGAGACAAGGAACCGAGUUUGUCCUGCUUCCCAGAUGCAGGCGAAAUAAACGCUAGUAUAUUUAGGCGGGAAAUGGCGGAGCAGUGCAAGAGGAGUGUGCGUAAGCAGAUUCAAGCAUUAAAGGAGGCACAUAAAGGACUGCAGAUACAGUGCGAUACCCGUCAGAGGGAAGAGGAUCAGCAAAAAGAGCGUCUAGCCCAAAAAGCAUUACGAGAGCAGACCGAUAAUCUCAUCAAUCAGAAGGCGGAACAGCUGGCUCAAGGGCAGCUCGAGGCACAGCAGCGUCAACAAUUGGACCUGCGCAAGAAAACUGACCAAAAGCUGCAUAAACUUGCCUUGGAGGGAGUGUCGCGAUGCCAAAGAAGAUUCGGCAACAAGUAUGAGGGGAUCAUAAAGCUGUUGCUGUCAUUGGAUAAGGAGACGGUCCAGGUCUGUGCCGCCCAAAAUCAGCAACUCAGGGAGCUGGGUGAAAAGUUUGAUGACCUGGUUUGUACUGUAAAAAUGGGCAACUUCGAGCAAAGUCAAUAUUUAAGCUCGAUCAUAAAGGCCGAGCAAUAUUGCAAAAACUUAGACGACCUGGAGGCUGAUAUGAUCAAAGAACUGGCGGAAUUCUCAGAGCUAAUCCAGCAGCAAAUUAAAAUGGAAGCUGCACAACGUCUGGAGGAAGAAAAACAGAGGCAAUUGGAAGAAGAGAAGAAGCAGUUUGAAGAACAGACGCAGAGACAGAAGGAAAAGGACGAGUCAGAAGCUCAGCAACGGCAGAAACUGGCGGAAGAAGCUGCCAAGGCGACGCCACCUCCUGAGGAAAACUCCGUUGAUGUUUCGCCGGCGAAAGGCACCAUAUCUACCUCCUAUGUCCACCCAUCGCGACUAGCAUUCUACAAUGAAAUCAUUUCACUCUACCAAACCAAAGUAGAUGCAGUGAAGCCCUUGCAGUCUGAGGAGUCGUUGAAGCAGUAUCGCACUGGCUGCCAAAGGGCAAUAAACUUGCCUCUGAACGCCAUUACAGCGGUCAGUCCGCAGCAUCUAAGCAACAAUUUUGAAAAACUAUACAACUUCUUUGCCGGCCACAGCGUGAGAGUAAUGAAUGACGCCACCAUUACUAUUAAUGACCAUCCAUUGGCUCGUGACUACUGCAUGCUCUUAAUGGCAAAGAAGUUCGUUAGUCAAUCAGAGACGGCUAUAUCUGGUAAUCCCCAAGCCGCUUUUCCCUUUGCGUCGGUUAUUGUGACCUUCUGGAAGUUGCUGCCUGAUUUCGGAAAGGUGUUCCUGGCGUAUCUCUACAAAGAAUCGCCAUAUUUGGUGCCCUAUGUGAUACCGCAGCAACCGGGACAGACGGCAGAGCAAUAUCUCAAAUCGAUUGGCUAUCGGCUGUCCGACAAAAACGAGCUGGAGAAGCCCGACAUGUUUCUCAAGCGGCAAACUGGAAUCGCCCGUCUGUUUGCUGCUGUUAUUAUUACGCCUGGACGAAAAGCAGACGGACCUGCCCAAUGUUUCGGUCUGGAGGAAGGCUGGCGUUGGCUGGCUCAUGUAGUUCAUGUGAAACCGUUGCCCGACAUAAGCGCCACCCUGAUCAUGGAGAUACUUCAGACACUGGGCUUUGAGUUGUGGCGCACCUAUGGCAAACAGUUCCUCAAGCUCUUGCUCUACAUUCACAUAUCCUACAUGCCACAACUGGCCAUCUACGACGAGGGCGGACCGAAGACGCGCCUGGAAAUGCUUUUGGCCAAGUUCCUCCGCGAGCGCCAGAUCCCUCAGACUGUGGGUAUUUUGCCUCCUGGCUUUUGGUAGUUUUACAAUUGAUGCAUAUUUCUAACUUUAUGUACAAAUAUUGUUUCCGUUCGAGUAAUAAAAUUAAGCGUUUCUUUUGUGAAA